AUAUCCGCACGUGCUUUUGGCAAUCAAAAAUAAAUAAACAAAAAGGUGAACUAUUUUGUAAACAUCAGAAUGGUCCAAGGAAAAUUUAAAAAGGCGAAAUUGCCAGCCAGUGUGCAACAAAAGCAAAAACAGAAAAAUGCCAAAGCAUUUACAAGAAGAUCUAAUGCUCCCAUUCAGGCAAAGAAAACGAAAUUCAAUGAACAACAAAAGAUUAAAAACGCCAUCUCAAAGACUGUCAACAAAUCUGUAGAAAAUGAGUUGCGUUCGCGUGCCUUUGAAGGCCAAAUAAAACUCAGCAAGGCACAGGAAGCGGUGACGAAACAUCAUCAAGCAAAGGCGCAAGCUGCUGCUGAGGAAGCGCCAUCCACGUCAGCGUAGCAAUUUAAAGCUUAAUGUUUAUAGAGAAUAUAAUUCUUGAGGUGUUUUGUGGAUAUAUCUAUACAUACUUACAUAUCGUCACCUGAAAUGCAAAAUUCAACUAUAAAGAAAUGUUUUAAUAUACAUAUAUGUAUCUUGAAACUAUU